AUGCUUAGCGCCGAUGGUGGAGUUGUCCACGAGGGGCUCGCCAACUUCAAUAACGACGGUGUCGUCCCAGAUGUGAUUCCAGUCGCUCCGAAAGAUAUUCUGGGAGUGACCUAUAGUGAUGAUGUCAAGGCCGAUUUCGGAAAUGAGCUGACGCCCACCCAGGUGAAGGACCAGCCAAAUGUGACCUGGGAUGCGAUGCCGGAUACGCUUUAUACCUUGAUUGUGUCUGACCCCGAUGCCCCAUCACGAGAAAAUCCGAUUCGCCGUGAAUUUCUGCACUGGCUCGUUGUCAACAUCCCAGGGCACAAAAUGGAUGAGGGGGAUAUCGACUUCACCGUUACGUCUUCACGCUCUUCAAGCAGUCCGGGAAAUAUGACUGCCAAAAUUGAGGCUCGCCCAAACUUCAACACCGUAGUUUUUGCCGAGCAGCAUAAGCUGUCGCUGAUCGCUGGCAACUUUUUCCAGGCCAAAUACGACGACCACGUGCCGAACGUCCACAAGAAACUCGCCGAGGAAAAG